AUAUUCUACAUCGUUACAAUAAUCAUGUCAAUCAACAAUUUUUUUGAGCAAUCACUACCAAAUAAAACCAAACUCACCUGCAUGAUUGAAGCUGUUAAAAUCGAGUUACAGGAAAACAUGAAGAAAUUUGAAGAAAUUUUGAAGGAUACAUCGCAGUACGACAGUUUUCUGCUGGAAAAACAAAUAAAUACAUGUUUUGAGUUGCAGUGCAAAAUCGAAGAUUAUUCGGACAAACUAAAAGAACUGGAAUCAGCAGACGAUUACUCGGAGUCACCAAACACUUUGAUUGAUUUCAUUUCAACCAUACCUAAAGUCGUGAACGAUUUGGGACCUGAAUCAUUGGUCGUGGUUACGUCUGAAAAAGUUGGCAUGCAGUACAUACAAUUAUUACAUGGCUUAGUAGUGAAGAAUGUCAUCAUCACAACAAUCAGGGCGCUGACGGCGGGCGAAGUGAAUGUGACGCUGGGAAACGUGAAGACCGCACUUCUGGACGGAUGCGAAGCAGAAUACCGGAAGUUCGUUGGAAGUGAAACUGUCCGGUUGGUCAUAGCAGACCACGUGCCAGCCGACAGGCUGUUCCGGGUGCGGGGUGACGUCCACCGUGACCAGUGUUUUGCGGCGAUUCAAAUGAACCUCAUUGGCGACGAUGGCGAUGACGACGAAAAUAAUAAUAUACUAUCCUCAUAG